CAGUAGAUGACAAUGUCACCAUCAAAGUUGAAUCAGGGUCAAAGAAGUGAAGAUGAUACAAUGAUCGAAUUUUCGGACAAACAUGAGGGAAAGACAACGGAUUUCGUUUUAGUCUACAGGAAAAGUUUAUUGACCAACGUUAAACAAGAAAAGCUUGAAUAUUUUAUUUGGCGACUUUCACUUGCGGGGAUUAUUAUUGACGCAGAACGAUUUUCGGCAGAUGCAGACUUGGUGUUUGUGAAGCUGCAUGCAUCCAAUGACGUUGUUUUUAAUUACGCUGACGUAUGUGAUAUUGACCUUGCGUGUCGAAACGAUGAUUAUAGACCUGAUUAUGAUACUCCUAAAGGUUUUCUGGCUACGCCUUUGACCCGUCCGAAGACCGAUAAUGAAGUCUACAAAAGAGCACCCAAAUCUGUUUCAAUGGAUAGACCAACUGGUAUAACAUCCGCAGAAAAAAUACUGAUUAUGGUAGAACUGAUGAAUCGUACAAAGUUUGGACAAAGGCCGAGUGAGUAUGGUAUCUAUAAAUUGAAACAGGAAAAAGUAUUCAUUGAUGCUUUCCCAGUUCAUGAUGGCGAACACAAAUGGACGGAAACUGGACGACUGAAUGACAGGCAGCUUCUAGCCCGAUAUUGGGGCAGUACCAAAUGCUGGUACAAAUGUCAACCACAUCACACGAUAGAACGUUAUUUUGGUACAGAAUAUGCGUUCUACUUUGCUUGGUUAGGCUUCUACAUAAAAAUGCUCAUCCCAGCAGCAGCAUUGGGGCUAAUCUGUUUUACCUUUGGACUUUCGACAUGUAACUACAAAUAUUUUAACUAUCGAAGCCAUGAGAUAUGCAAUAGUGACCAAAUCAUGUGCCCGAAAUGUCACCAAGAAGGAUGUACCUUCGAACCAUUAAGAGCUUCUUGCGGUCUUUCCAAAAUGUGCUACAUAUUCGAAAAUCCGACUACGAUUGCUCUGGCCAUCGCAACUGCAUUUUGGUCUACAUGUUUCAUGGAGUAUUGGCAGAGGACUGAAACUGUGCUCGCUCUACGUUGGAACGUGAGGGACUUGGAACUUGAUCCUGGCACUAGACCACAAUAUACUGAAGCAGCCACAACACUGAGGUACUCUCCAAUAACUAGAAAGAUGGAACCAUUCGUUAGUACGAAGAAGAUGAUUGUCGGUUAUGUAGUCACAGGAUCUUCUAUCUUUCUACUGUGUACAGUGAUCCUCUUGGCGGUGAUGGCUGUGGUUGUUUACCAUGUGGCUACAACGUAUUUUAUAGUAUCUUCUGACAUCAGUGACGACUUCAAAGCAUUCAACGACACCUUUAUCGCACUAACUGGUGCUGGCAUAUCCGCAAUUUUCAUACAAGUUUUCACUUGAAAUUCAUCGCUGUAAUUUUGGUUGCUGGAACUUUUGAGAUAUAUGAAAAGAUAGCCAUACUUUUGACAAACAUGGAAAACCACAGAACCCAAUUUGAUUUUGACAAUUCGUAUAUCUACAAGUCUUUCGCACUGCAAUUUGUUAACAACUAUGCUGCAGUUUUUUAUAUAGCAUUCUUCAAGGGCAGAUUUUACGAUCAUCCGGGCCAAAUGGAACAAUGGGAGAAGGAAGGCGCCCUUCGCACCGACGUUUGCAGCGCUUCUGGUUGUAUUCCAGAUUUAAGUAUCUCAUUGAUGACGAUCAUGAUUAUCAAAAUAGCGUUUAGCCAUAUUUCGCAGUACCUGUGGCCGAUAAUUCGAAGCAAAUACAAGAUUCUGUUCAUGAGCGUUCCUGUUACCGAUAAUCUGCCUCCACAUGAGAGGGAGUAUCUUCAAACUGAAGCCGAAGAGUACUUUUUAGUGAACGAAUACAUGGAUUUGGUAAUCCAAUAUGGCUUCAUCGUGUUCUUUAUAGCUGCAUUCCCCUUAUCACCAGCUGUCGCGUUGCUUAGCAACGUGAUAGAGCUGAGAGUGGACGCUUAUAAGAUCACCACAAGGUUCAGAAGACCAAUUCCGAAAAGAGUCACUGGUAUAGGUGCGUGGUUCGGAAUAUUGCAGGCUAUGACAUACUUGGGAGUUAUUACUAAUGCACUGGUGAUAGCGAUAACAAGCGAGUUCGUCCCUAUGUCGAUAUACAAGUACUUCAACGGUGGAAGUCUUCAUGGGUUUACCAAUUCAACAUUAUCCUUGUUCAAAGUGAGCGACUUUAUCAUCAUUCCAAGAGCUAAUCCAGCCCCUGAAUUUUGCUAUUAUAGAGGAAGGAGAUACCCUCCCGGACACCCGAAGGAAUUUCAUGUGACUGAUGACUUUUGGAUGAUUGUUGCUAUACGAAUGGUUGCAGUUGUCGGUUUCGAGCACUUUGUCAUGGUGUCAAAAGGAGUAUUAGCAUACGCAAUCCCAGAUGUUCCAAAAGACAUUGCGGAAGGGCUGGCACUAUCAGAAAAGAGGAACCUAGAUCUGAGACUUAAAAUGAUGGACGAGAACUUGCAAAAAACAGCACCAAAAGGCAAAAGUGAAGUGAAAAUAAGUGUCGAAUAAAAAAUAAUUACCAUUA